CAUCGAUACAUUUUUACACGACGCGAGAUCUUAGCCUGAACGUAUCCAGCGAACAGUUGCAACGUUCGUCUUUUUCUUCCAGUCACAACGCGGUGUGUAAAAUGAAGGCCACAGUGUUAGCGGCAUCAAUACACACGGUGCUAUCGCUGCAAACACCAUCGCAAGGACUCGUUUCAUCGACAAGACGCCCACGGAACACACGGUCGCUGCGACAGCCUACACGAUUGCUUGCUGUGACCGAGGACUUGCCGAAGAUUCUCAGUACGCCCGUGUCCACCCGAACCGAGUUCGCUUCGUGCGCACCGGAACCAGUUGGGCUCUACAUACAUAUCCCCUACUGUCAACGCCGAUGUCGUUACUGCAAUUUUGCCAUUGUCCCGAUUGGAUCGGCAGCGGCAGCCCGAGCGCAAUCUGAUGAGGGUGAACGUCCCAUCAACGCACAACUUUCGGGCUUUCUGGAAAUGGAUCACAUGUACACACAAACAAUUUUAAAGGAACUGCAAUGGACGCUUUCCAAGAUGCCGCAGGAUCAAAAGGUGUCCCUGACGUCAAUAUAUUUCGGAGGCGGGACGCCGAGUCUAGCACCGGUUGCAACGAUUCGCACCAUUCUCCACGCUAUCCUGGCGGAAGAUACACCUUUUACACUGAAAGGUGGCGCCGAGAUUACCAUGGAGAUGGAUCCUUGCACCUUUUCCAAAGAUCAGCUCCAGGAGUUGAAGGAACUGGGUGUCAAUCGUAUCAGCUUGGGCGUCCAAGCGUUAGACGAUGGAAUUUUGGAAUCGCUGGGCCGUAUCCAUCGUGUCCAGGAUAUAUAUAAAUCACUUUCUAUGAUGCAAGAGGUGUACGGAGAUGAGUUGAGCUACUCGUUGGAUCUGAUAUCCGGACUUCCCGGUCUGUCAUUAGCAGCGUGGACCGAAACGUUACAAAAAGUCGUCACGCUGGAACCGAAACCUUGUCACUUGAGUCUGUACGAUUUGCAAGUAGAAAGUGGAACCGUCUUUGCUAAAUGGUACGGCAAUGGUGACGAAGAGUCCGGCUGGGAUCGUGUCCGCGGAAACCUCCCCACACCGGCAGUGGCGCUACCCUCCGACGCCGAGUCUGCCUUCAUGUACCAAUACGCGGCGGGCUAUCUACGAUCACGAGGCUACGAACACUACGAAGUGAGUUCGUACGCAUUACGGGACGAGACUCAGACUGGUCCUUCACCGUGGCGCAGUCGGCACAAUCAAAUUUACUGGGCUACAAACAGUCAGUGGUACGCACUAGGUCUCGGGGCUACCAGUUUUGUCGCGAACGAACUGGUCGCGCGUCCUCGAACCUUGGUGGACUACGCGGACUGGGUCAAUCGUGUCCGUACACUACCGGAUGCGGGUGUGAGCGAAAUUGUCGAUACCGAGCUGUUGCUGAAUGUUGUAUUGAAGCGCUUGCGCACGAGCGAAGGACUUGAUUUGGGGUUCGUUCACCAACGAUUCUCUCCAAAAGGAGACGCUUUCGUCGACGCGAUUCAACGCGGGGCUGCCUUGGCGCUCGAGCUCGGUUUGGCGCAGCUCAAUGACAACGUCCUCCGUUUAGUUGAUCCCAAGGGAUUCCUGUACUCCAACACAAUUAUUGCCAGUAUCUAUGCAGAAUUGGAGGAGACUGCUAACUCAUAG